AUGGAUUCAGAUAUAGAAGAAGUUGAAGACCCAAAAACGAUCUCUAAAUCUUCCAAAAACGCGGCUAAGCCUCAACUCCCAGCUAAAAGAGCAAGAGACUUUGAUUAUGAAAUUGGCUCUGGACCACCAGAAGAAGUGAUCUCUCUCAUGCUUGCUAAUACCCUAAAAAACCAAGACCCAACUGGUUGGUGGCUCAGUGAAAAGCUAGAUGGUGUUCGCUGCUAUUGAAACGGAAAAUCUUUUGUUUCGCGUCAAGGAAACCCAUAUGAUGUGCCUGAUUUUUUUGUUGAAGGACUCCCUAAAACAGUCAGCUUAGACGGUGAGCUCUGGGUUGGCCGCAAAGCCUUCCAAGAAUGUGUCAGCAUUGUGCGCUGCACUAAUAACGGCAAAAAUGAUAUGUCUCGCUGAAAUAAAGUAAAAUUCAUGCUUUUUGAUGCUCCCUCUAUAGACGCUCCAUUUGAAGAGAGACUUGAAUAUUUAAAAAAAUUCGGUGCAGCCACCACAAACCAAUACGUAGAAGUUCUCCCACAGCGUAUUUGCACAGGAAAAAAAGAUUUAUCUCAGGAAGCAGCGAAAAUUGAAGCUUUGGGAGGUGAAGGUGUUAUGCUGAGGCAACCUAAAAGCAUGUAUGAAGGCAGAAGAACUUCAACACUUUUAAAAGUCAAGUCUUUUAAAGACGCAGAAGCUACUGUGAUAGCUCAUGAACAAGGCAAAGGCAAGUUUAAAGGAAUGUUUGGCGCGUUAAAAGUCCGCAUGGACAAUGGAAAAGAAUUCAAAAUUGGGUCAGGGUUUUCUGACGCAGAAAGGCAAGAUCCACCUCCUAUUGGCUCUGUUGUGACUUAUAAAUAUCAAGAACUAAGCAAUGAUGGGAUUCCAAGAUUUCCUACAUAUUUAAGAAGACACCCUGGAUUAUAA